AUGUUAUUGGGGCCUUAAGUGGGGGCAUUAGUUACUUUUUGAUUUUGAACAACAGCAGGGUCACGGGCCGGGACCUAAUGUGAGAACAAUGCUGUUCAACACAAGUUGACAAUGACACCAUUCAUGUCAACAUUCAAGGAAUCUGUUGAACACUUUUGAUCUAUUUUAUUCUCUCUUCAUCGCUUUUCAUGUCACCGUUUUGAUUUGUGAUCUUUUGGGAUUUAUAUUAGACUGCAGAUUUAAAUAGAAAACAACCCGGAACGCGACGGAAAUCUUUUAAUCUUCAAUUUUACGUUUAUUAUUUUGCGUUUAUUAUUACAGUUUGUAAUCGUAAUUUGCCCGUUUGAGUAUGCAAAACGAAACUGUCGUUUCAAAAUUUCCGGCAAACUUUGAAACUGCCCGUAUAAAAUAUAUAAAAACGAAGAAAACGUUCGUAAAGUGCAACGGUGUGCAUACGUUCUCACAGAAACAUCCCCAUACGCCUGCGGAUGGUAUAUUUGCACUUUACAUUGGCUCAUAUGGACAGUCUGAUAUCGCAAGCAUGCGUGUGUGUGUGUGCUGGGGCAGAGCAGACCCCGCCCCUUUAUGCUAAUUCGUCUCUCCCAUUGGCGUGUCACCGGGAGCGGGCCGGCUCUGAUUGGCCGGGUCGCAGCCAUUUAUUCGCUGACAGCCCCGUCACAUGAAUGGUUGUCUAUUAACUUGUUCAAAAACUAUCUGGAGUUGUCAAGGCUCGGGCGGACGCGGGGCGAAAAGUACAGUGCGUUGAUUCGUUUUCGGAGAAGCGACCGGAGAAGUUCUGUGGACGCAACCUAGUGAGGGACCUUUUUGGGAGAAGGCUCUUCGUCACACGCACACGCGCGCUCUGAAAACGCACUCACCGAGCGGAAGAGGGAGAGAGAGCGAGAGAGAGAGAGAGAGCGGAGAGACACGGCUCGGCUGCUGGUUGUUUUUUGUCCAGAGAAAAAGUUGCAGAGAAAAAAUCGAAAGGUAACUUUUUUUUUUGUAGCAGCAGCCCGUGCACUCCUCGCUGUCCCGCCUCUGGCUUGUGGAGUUUGUCCCUCUCUCUGUGUGUGUGUGUGUGUGAGUGUUGUUGUUGUUGUUUUUUUCUUUUCUCCCCCUCUGCGCGGGAGCCCCAACUGAAAGCUGUUCCUGAUGUAUAACAUGAUGGAGACUGAACUGAAGCCCCCGGCUCCCCAGACCAACACGGGGGGCCCGGGCAACACCAACACGUCCGGCACCGGCCCCAACCAGAAAAACAGCCCGGAGCGGGUCAAGAGACCCAUGAACGCGUUCAUGGUGUGGUCCCGGGGCCAGAGGAGGAAGAUGGCGCAAGAAAACCCCAAAAUGCACAACUCGGAGAUAAGCAAGAGGCUGGGCGCGGAGUGGAAACUUCUGUCGGAGAGCGAGAAGAGACCUUUCAUCGACGAAGCCAAGAGGCUGCGGGCCCUGCACAUGAAGGAGCAUCCGGAUUACAAAUACCGGCCCCGGCGGAAAACCAAGACGCUCAUGAAGAAGGACAAGUACACCUUGCCCGGCGGGCUGCUGUCCGCCGGAGGCAACGGGAUGGGAGCCGGCGUCGGCGUCGGGGUCGGGGCCGGGCUGGGCGGCGGGGUGAACCAGCGGAUGGACAGCUACGCGGCGCACAUGAACGGCUGGACCAACGGCGGGUACGGCAUGAUGCAGGACCAGCUGAGCUACCAGCACCCCGGGCUGAACGCGCACAACCCGGGCCAGAUGCAGUCCAUGCACCGCUACGACAUGAGCGCCCUGCAGUACAACACCAUGGCCAGCUCCCAGAGCUACAUGAACGGCUCCCCAACAUACUCCAUGUCCUAUUCCCAGCAGGGCACGCCGGGGAUGACCGCCCUGGGCUCCAUGGGGCCCUCCUCCGUGGUGAAGUCCGAGUCCAGCAGCUCCAGCCCGCCCGUCGUCACCUCGUCAUCCCACCGGGCCGGCCCGGGCUGCCAAAGCGGGGAUCUGAGGGACAUGAUCAGCAUGUAUCUGCCCGGGGCGGAGGUCAGCGAGCAGUCCGCCCAGACCAGGCUACACAUGUCCGGGCACUACCAGAGCGCCGUGCCCGGGACGACGAUCAACGGCACGCUGCCGUUGACACACAUGGAGCUCUAGAGGAACGGUAGGAGAUCCCCUCUUCACAGAUGGAUGAAGUUUGGAAGACUAGAAAGUGGGAGUCGCAAUCAAAUGUUUUAUUAUUGCAAUCACCUUUUGUACAGUAUUUAUCAAAGAAACAUUACAAUCAGAUGAAAUUGUUUGUUAAACUGCAAGAGGUUGCAUUUUUAUUUUCUUUUUAUAUAUAUAUAUAAAGCAACGCCAGUUCUGCAAGAAUAUUAAAAAUGAAGAUGGCAGAACUGGAAUUAUGGGAGCGAUUAGUUAUGCUCCUUUAAUAUUGCAAAUAUUGGGAAGAAAAGGGACGUAAAAACGAAACAAGUAAUAUUGUGUUUUUGUUUCAUUUAAGGUCAAUAUUACAUAACAUUUACAUUUCUUAAAAAAAGAAGACACUUUUUUUCUUUCAUACAGCUUAAAAUAUAGGUUGUUAAUUUAUAUUUCCGUCUCCCACUUUUCAUCUGUUAGAGGUAUGACGCUGGUGUUCUUUAUUUUCUAAUUGAUUUGUACAAUUUCUGUAUAUUUACUGUGAUAUUUUAAGUUUUUAUUUCAAAAAUUCAUUCCCGUAGUUGUAUUUUAAAAACUGUGGCCUGUACGCAGAAGCCAACAACUCUAUGUAUAUACCUACUGGAACUAAUACCAUCCUUAUAACAGUUACAAUUUCAGCUGAAUAUAUUUUUUUUCAAUAUGCAGUUUGAAAUGAAUAAAUUUUGGAAAUUUGGAUACUU